AUGGACACAAGGACUGUCGGCUGCUUGGGUGGAGGCCAGCUGGGCCGCAUGAUGGUCUAUGCGGCACAUCGCCUUGGGGUGCGCAUGUGCGUCUUGGACCCUUUGGGGGCCAAGAGCCCGGCUGGCCAGGUGGCCGAGUUAUCCGUGAAGGGCAGUUUUCAGGAUGCAGCAGCAGUGCGGGAGCUGGCCAGCAAGUGUGACAUCUUGACCCUGGAGGUGGAACACGUGAAUGCGGAGGUGCUGGAAGAGCUGCAUCAGAAGGGGGUUCCAGUGCAACCACUUCCCUUCGUCGUCAAGCUCAUUCAGGACAAGUACGUGCAGAAGGUGCACCUGCAAAAGCACGGCGUGCCACUGCCUGAGUUCGAGAAGGUCGAAACUGAAGCUGAACUGCACACGAUUGGCGAGAAGUUUGGCUUUCCCAUGAUGCUGAAAAGCCGUUGCGGUGCCUACGACGGCAAGGGCAACGCAGUCGUAGCCAAUGCUGCCGGCAUUCCUGCUGCAUGGGAAAAGCUGGGUGGAAAGGCCGGAAAGACGCUCUAUGUUGAGAAGUGGGCUCCCUUCAAGAUGGAGCUUGCGGUGAUGGUUGCCCGCGGGGUUGACGAGACCAUGCAGGUGACCAUGCGGACCUACCCCGUGGUGCACACCGUCCAGCGCGACAGCGUUUGCUUCACUUGCCUCACUCCGCCUGUGGGUGUGACUCAGAAGGAGCAAGAGCUCGCACAGAAGAUCGCCACAGAUGCCAUCAAGAGCUUUGGUGACGCACGGGGAAUUUUCGGCGUGGAAAUGUUCUUGCUGGAGGACGGGUCCGUUCUCCUCAACGAGAUUGCCCCACGACCGCACAACACCGGGCACUACACCAUGGAAGCGUGCGGCGUGGACCAGUUCGAGCAGCACCUCCGAUGCGUUCUGGGCCUGCCGUUGGGGGACUGCAAUCUCCGCGUCGGAGGCGCCACGAUGGUGAACAUUCUGGGCCAGGGCGAGACCCCAGAGAUGGUGGCAAAGACCAUGGCACCUUUGCGUCGGGCCUUGAGGGUGCCAGAUGCCGGCAUCCAUUGGUAUGGCAAGGAGGGCUGCGCCAAGGGGCGCAAGAUGGGGCACAUCACGGUGACGGGCUUCACGCCCGCCAGUGCGCUGGAGGAGAUUCAGCCGGUGCUGGCGGCGGUGGAUGGGGACGGGUCCAUUGACUACAACAGCAUCAAGGUCCCCAACAACCCCUCUGUGGGCAUCAUCAUGGGCAGCGACAGCGACCUUCCCACCAUGAAGGAUGCUGCUGUGGUCCUCGAUGAUUUCGGCAUUCCCUACGAGAUUUCGAUUGUGUCCGCACACCGCACGCCGGAGUACAUGUACAAGUACGCCACCACCGCGGAGGCCCGCGGCAUCAACGUCAUCAUCGCGGGGGCCGGCGGGGCAGCUCAUUUGCCGGGCAUGGUGGCAGCGCUCACGCCCUUACCAGUGAUUGGUGUGCCGGUGAAGUCAUCCGCACUUUCCGGCAACGACUCGCUGCUGUCCAUUGUUCAGAUGCCCAAGGGUGUGCCAGUGGCCACAGUGGCCAUCGGCAAUGCAGCGAACGCUGGCCUGCUGGCGGUAAGGAUUUUGGGCGCCGCAAACCCAGGCAUGCGGCAGAAGAUGGCUCGAUUCAUGGCGGCUUGUCAGCAAUGUGAGGGGGUCUGCCAGGUCCUCCAAACAAAAGGGACAGAAGCUUCGGGUAGGGCUUCCCAGCUGAUUUUCCUUGAGGGCUGGAUCCCUGAACUGCGAGUCUAA